CUAGUUAGUUAGAUGCAAUGAGUCAGAUGACUUUGUUUGUUUAGGGCCAGGUCCUUGUGGCUGUAGCUCUUCCUGAAUGAGGUCGGAAAUAAAUUAUCGCGUCCUUCCAGCAAAUUAAUUAAACGAUGAAUCCCAACCAAUGUGGCUGAUGUCGAUCCAUUGGGGUAGCUCUAUACUCGGUAGAGCGAUAUUUGCCCCGACGCGUCUAUCCGAUUUCUCCAGUACCUGCCUAUAUCGUGGCGUCCGGAUGUACAAUUAGCGGAGAUCCAUAUGUCAAGGAGAUCUUUGACAGCUGACCACUUAACCAGACUUCGAGUCAAUUGGUAUUUUAGGACCCCACAAUCAAUUGAAGGAACAGAGGAAGAAGAUCCGGAAAAGGAAAUAUGGGGAAGAGGUCUAAAGAUUGGUUGUCCCGCAGUCGCCGACUUCGCACCCCUCAUGUUCUCCUCAAAUCACGCCAUCGCCCUGUAUAACUAUAGCUCUCCUUCCAACCAUACUAACUUUCCUCCCGCACUUUGAACCCCUCCUCUCUUUCAUCCCUGACUGAUCCCCCAAGUCUUAUCAUCAUGUCUGCUCAACAGCCUCGUUUCGAGACUCUCCAGCUUCACGCAGGUCAGGAACCUGACCCCACAACCAACGCUCGCGCGGUGCCCAUCUAUGCCACCACCUCCUACUCCUUCAAUGACUCCGCCCACGGCGCGAGGCUGUUUGGCCUCCAAGAAUUCGGAAACAUCUACAGUCGCAUCAUGAAUCCGACGGUCGAUGUCUUCGAGAAGCGCAUUGCGGCCCUCGAAGGCGGCGUGGCUGCUGUUGCCGCCUCUUCCGGUCAGGCCGCGCAGUUCAUGGCCGUCGCCGCCCUGGCCCACGCUGGGGACAACAUUGUCUCCACCAGCAACCUCUACGGUGGCACCUACAACCAAUUCAAGGUCAUGUUCCCUCGCUUGGGGAUCAACACCAAAUUCGUCCAGGGAGAUAAGCCCGAGGACAUCGGUGCGGCCAUUGAUGAUCGCACCAAGGCCGUUUACGUUGAGACCAUCGGGAACCCUCGGUACAAUGUUCCGGAUUUUGAAGCGAUCGCCAAGGUUGCGCACGAAAAGGGUGUUCCCCUAGUUGUGGACAACACGUUCGGAGCCGGCGGUUACUUCUGUCGUCCAAUCGAGCACGGCGCCGACAUUGUCGUCCACAGCGCUACCAAGUGGAUCGGCGGGCACGGUACCACCAUUGGCGGUGUUGUUGUGGACAGCGGGAAAUUCGACUGGGGCAAGCACGCCGCGCGAUUCCCCCAGAUGGUCGAGCCCUCGGAAGGCUAUCACGGCCUGAAGUUCUGGGAGACGUUCGGUCCCCUGGCGUUUGCCCUUCGCGUGCGGGUGGAGAUCCUCCGUGACCUCGGAUCGGCACUGAACCCGUUCGCUGCCCAGCAGCUCCUGCUCGGCAUCGAGACGCUGAGUCUGCGUGGUGAGCGUCACGCGACCAACGCCGUCGCCUUGGCCAACUGGCUCCGCAAGAACGAGAACGUCAGCUGGGUGUCCUACCCCGGUCUGGAAGACCACCCCAGCCACGAAACCGCGAAGCGCUACCUGCCCCGCGGCUUCGGAGGUGUCCUCUCCUUCGGCGUCAAGGGCGGUGCCACCGCCGGUAGUCAAGUCGUGGACGGGUUCAAGUUGAUCUCGAACCUUGCCAACGUCGGCGACUCCAAGACUCUGGCCAUCCACCCCUGGUCCACGACACACCAGCAGCUCAGCAACCAGGAGCGUCUCGAUUCCGGCGUGGCAGAAGAUGCGAUCCGCAUCUCGGUCGGCACAGAGCACAUCGACGACAUCAUCGCCGACUUCGAGCAGUCCUUCAAGGCAUCGAGCGCUGUGAACGCUGGCCAGUAAAUUCUAAACCAAAAACCUGAUCCCCAGAUGUAUAUGGCUGUCUCCUUCCCCCCCGCCCUUGUGAAUCAAUCACUUGAGAGAACGGGGCGUGGCACCUGUGCCAAGUGAUGUUGAACAUGACUUUGAUUAGAUGGAUGUUGACGCUUGUGAUCUGGUAUAUAUAAUGACGAUUUUUCAUGAUAGAGCAAGUAAUUUAUGGUAAACGGUUUGAUAUUAUGAAUAGGUGGUUUUAUAACUACUUGACCCAAGUUUUGGGUAUAUACUAUCUUCUCAGGCGUGGGGGAACACCUGACCGACUGGGGCAUACAGACAUACAUACAUAAGUCUAGCAGAGACAUGACUACAAACAAGACAUCUCGAAAAGAACCAUCAAGACAUCCAACAACCAUUCAAGUAGAAAGUUAGA